ACUACACACACACAACACACAUACUAUUCAACACACACUUCUACACACGCAAGUGUACACACAGCUGCAUACAGAGGUACACACGCCUACCCGUGCCACCUCCCAUACCCGUGCCACCUCCCAUACCCGUGCCACCUCCUCCCUUAUAUACCCGUGCCACAUCCCAUACCCGUGCCACCUCCUUCCUCCAAUACCCGUGCCACCUUCCUUCCAAACCCGUGCCACCUUCUAUACCUGUGCCGCCUGCCCCUACCCGUGCCACCUCCCUCCCAUACCACCUCCACCCUCCUAUACCCGUGGCACCUCCCUACCCGUGCCACCACCCCUACCCGUGCCACCUGCUCCCUCCCCUCCCCUACCACCUCCUCCUUCCCCUACUACCUCCUCCCUCCAAUAACAGUGCCACCUCCUCUACCCGUGCCACAAUCAUCUCCUCCCUCCCCUACCCGUGCCACCACCUCCUCCCUCCCAUAACCGUGCCACCUCCUCUACCCGUGCCACAACCAUCUCCUCCCUCCCCUACCCGUACCACCACCUCCUCCCUCCCCUACCCGUGCCACCUCCCCUACCCGUGCCACAACCAUCUCCCUCCCCUACCCGUGCCACCACCUCCUCCCUCCCCUACCCGUGCCACCUCCCCUACCCGUGCCACCACUUCCUCCCUCCCAUAACCGUGCCACCUCCUCUACCCGUGCCACAGCCAUCUCCUCCCUCCUCUACCCGUGCCACAGCCAUCUCCUCCCUCCCCUACCCGUGCCACCUCCCCUACCCGUGCCACCAUCCCCUACCCGUGGCAGCGCCAGGCAUGGGCUCGAUGGGGAGCGAGGUGCUGGGCUUGGUGCUGUGCUUGCUGGGGUUGGUGGGCCUCGUGGUGAGCACGGUGUGCGAUGAGUGGAAGACGACGUCACGCGGCGCGGCCGUCAUCGUCACCACGUGGAUCUACCAGGGCCUGUGGAAGAUGUGUGCCGGGAACGCCAUGGGAUCCGUCACCUGCAAGAGAAACUUCACCCUGAUGGGGGUGCCGCUGCACCUGAAGGUGUGCCAGGGUCUGAUGGUGCUGUCGCUGGUGAUGGGCCACCUGGGCACGGUGCUGGCGCUGCUGGGCAUUAAGUGCUCGCGCUUCGGGGGACCCAACUGGCGGCUGAAGGCGCGGAUCGUGGCCUCGGCAGGGGCCCUGUACCUGAUCACAGGCCUGAGCUCGAUGGUUGCACUCUCGUUCUACGCUCACCGCAUCACCGUGGACUUCUACAACCCCAACCUCUUGGGCGCCCGGUUCGAGUACGGAUGGUGCCUCUACAUGGGGUGGGCCUCCUCCAUCCUCUGCAUCAUCGGGGCCAUCAUCAAAUGCUCCUCCUGCUACGGGGUGAAGGACGACACUCACAACAUGGCCCUGCAGCAGCAGCCCCGCUACAGCACCGCGCCCACCGAGUUCAUGAACGCCGACAAAGCCUCCGUCUACUCGGCCCUCACUCACAACACACAGCAGCACCAGCAGCAGCGCAAGGACAGCGCCUUCUCCAUCGGAGGCAUCGCCCCUGACCUCCGCAAAGUGAGCUACUUCUCAACGGCCACGGAGGUCGGAGUGGGGCCCACAGGGGUGGUCUGGAAUGGUGCCCCCGGGCGUCGGGUGUCAGACGCUGCCCUGCUGGAAGUGGAUCGAGUUGUGGGCCCUGGGGACAGCUCUGAGGAGGCUCGGCGGGGAAGCGUCAUGAGCUAUGGACGCAACGCCUAUGUGUGAGAUGGGGGAAGAAAGCGGGUCCCCCUGGAAGAGAGUGUCAGGGAUCCAUAGAGAGAGUCGGAGGUUGCUGAGGGAGAGUAGGUAGGACACCCUGGUAGAGAUUAGGGGACGCUGGGAGAGAGUUGGAUGGUGCUGACAGAGAGUAGGACAUCCUGGGAGGGAGUAGGUGAACACUGGGAGAGAGUAGGGAACGUGGGAGAGAGUAUGAAGGUGCUGAUAGAGAGAGUAGGAUAUUCUGGGAGAGAGUAGGGAACGUGGGAGAGAGUAUGAAGGUGCUGAUAGAGAGAGUAGGAUAUUCUGGGAGAGAGUAGGGAACGUGGGAGAGAGUAUGAAGGUGCUGAUAGAGAGAGUAGGAUAUUCUGGGAGGGAGUAGGGGACACUGGGAGAGAGUAUAGAGUAGGACGUCCUGGGAGGGAGGGGGGACACUGUGAGGGAGUAGGAGAACGUGGGAGAGAGUAGGAAGGUG